GCCUAUGCCAACUAAAACACGUCAAAAUAAGUGAAACCAUUUAAAUGAUUAUAGAAAUUAUCUUUCACACUGUUCUACAUAGAAAAGAAACCAAAUUAUGAAUAAGUGAGAAGAGAAAUGUCCAGAACCUGGAUGAGAGGAGCGAGGUUGCUAUCAUCGUUCUCGCGCUGCCGGAAAUUGAUCAUUCAUACGAUCAACUAUUCUCCCUCGUUUCGUUCUACAACCAUUUUCACAAACCACCUGCAUCCUUCUCACUCUCAACGCCGACUCUUCAACUCUUCAACUUCUUCACCAUCAUUAAAACCUUCUUCUAACAAGCUCUUCGUAGGAGGUCUAUCAUGGUCCGUAGAUGAAAAAUCCCUCAAAGACGCUUUCUCUUCCUUCGGAGAAGUCACCGAAGUGAGGAUAGUGUAUGAUAAAGACAGUGGUAGGGCUAGAGGCUUUGGAUUUGUUAUCUUUUCAAACGAAGAUGAUGCAAAAUCAGCAAAAGAUGCAAUGGACGGAAAGGCACUGUUAGGUAGACCCUUGAGGAUAAAUUUUGCUCUCGAAAAGGCUCGUGGUGUACCUGUUGUAGUUCCUCGGUUUUCAGAUAUUCGAAACUUAAACCGACGCUGAAUUGAAUUGGCCUUGUGGAAUAUAUUUUUGUGACCAAACCGGUAUCAAUUUGCCUGAAUGCUGCUUUGAAAUCUACUUGUGAAAAGUCUGAAUCAAAAUCUGCCGGCAGUGAAAGCCUUCGAGAUUGCAGUAAUUCCUUUGGCAUUCCCGAAACAGCAGUUACGUCUUCCCAAUGUUCAUGUACACUAAAAAGUGUAAAAUACUGUGAUGGUUCUUAUAUAGCAUCUCUAUCCUUUGUAUAAUAAUUAUCAAAACAAGUAACUUAUUUUCAUCACAUUGAUGCCUAAUUUAUAUAAAUGCUUACCCUUCUGAUUUGGCUCC